AGGAGUUGUAAAUUCUUUCUUUUCUUGUUAGCUUGUUUGUACCAAGGUAUUUAGCGGCCAUUGAUUGUUAUUUUGUUACUUUUGUGUCCGAAAAUGCCUAAAAACAUAACAACUGAAGUGCGUGACAUAAUAUUACGGGUUAAAGAAUUUAUGGACGAGGAAAAACGCAUGCAAGUGCCAAUAAUCCCGCUCAGCAAAGUGUACUUACGUGUUUCAGCAGCUACAGGAGUCUCUGAAAGGACAGUAUUGAAUAUAGUCAAGGAAGCUCGCCUGGUUGAACAAGGUCUAUUGGAUCCAGAGUCACUGAAAAAAGGCCCCAAGAAAAGAGUACGAACUAAAGGCAAAAUUGAAGUGGAUGAAUAUGACUUGCAAGUGAUCAGACGAAAAAUACACGAAUUCUACGCAUUUAAAAAAGAAGUGCCUACCAUAAACAAGUUGCUACAAAUUCUAAAGGAGGAGAUUAAUUUCAAAGGUUCUAGAGAGACGUUGCGCAAGAUUCUACGGAAAAAUGGCUUCCAGUUUAGAAAAACUAAGAAUACUAAAGAGAAAGAAGCUGUCCCUGAACCAACACAGCCUGUGCCUCCGAUGGUAGCUCCCUACAUUCACUCUAUGUUUAGUCACAAAAACAUACAAUCCUAGACUUUGUAGUUAAGUGUAAUAAGUAUAAUUUUUCUAAGACUGGAAUGUCUGUAGAUAACGGUUUAGCAUUGAGCCCAUCAUAUCAUGUUGGGUAGCCGUUACAUGGACAGACGGACAUAUGCUAGAUAUCCAUAAACUUUGGUUACUAGCUUAUAGCUGCUAACUUUUAGGUUAUUAUUCACAUGCAAAGAAAAGUUGGUAUGUCAGCAAUGACUGAAUUGUCAUCUAAAAUAAUCCACAUUAUUUGUGCACUGUAUUGUUGAGUAUAUUUUAUAAAGGCUGUCUGCGAACUUAUGUCUACCAUGUCUGUAAACUUUUAGCGUUUAUGAUAAGAAUAUAUUUUAAUUUUAUACAAUUAACCUCUGAGAUACUGAACCCGGGAUUCGAGCCUAUUUACACCCGCAUCUGCUUUGGGAAAUCAAUUUUUUGAGUGAGAAAGGAAUAUUUCCAAACGUAUAUUAAUGCAUUUAAUACUCAAGAUAAAAAAACGUGGCCGGUAGAGCGAGCACUGAGCAGUUCUUAAGCAGUUGAGGCCAGUGCAUGGAUCAGUACUUAGGACGCUGAAAAGUUAAGCAGCCAAAUGCAAGUUUCUACUUAUUUGAUAAACUUUAGUUAUGUCAUGUGAAACUAUGUUGUUCUUUAAACAUUAUGAAAAUACCAUUAAAAUUGUUUGUAAAAGGCAACUUACUCACCUGUACACUGCCAACAGUAAGCAAAACUUUAUGGCUAAAGGUGGCCAUUAUCUUUUGUCUCAAGUCUUAGUAGAAAUGUGAACAUGUCUCAAGUCUUAUAGUUAUAGUAUUUGCUGCGAUGACACUAUCCAGACUUCAACCCAAUAAGAACUUUGGUGAGCAUUGCGAGUAUAAUAAUAGCUCUUGAUCAUUGCAGUUUACCAGUGACCAAGUGCACCUCUAAAGGACACCUACCUUCUUUAGAACAAUCUGCCUGUACUCUGCUAUGUCCAUUUAUCACUGUCUUUAGCGAAUUUUCAAUAUUAUUUAAAAUGAAAUAUAUAAUUUAAAAACUGUACGUUGGAAAUAUUGAGUGAAGCAAGUGAGGUCUGCAUAUCACAUGAAGUGAAAAAAAAAUAUUUUCGUAUGUAUGUUUGUAACCCAAUAAGUUUAGACCCACUGGUCUGAUUUUGAUUAAACCAAUAAGGCAUGCAAGAUCUGUCAUCCUAAUGUCAGAUUAAAUUUCUAAUUUUUAAGUCCGUGGGAAAACAAAAUCGAUUAAGUAGCACACAAUUGUGAAUAUCUCGCGAACUUGUGACCUCACAAAUUCGCGGGGAGGGACUAGUUACAGGUCAGAUUGCAGAUAUUAUACACAGAUGUCUGAGAAAAUCAGGGUGAUACAUUUGGGAACAGUCAAUACUAACUUGCAUGUUGAACCAUUUUAUUAGCAGUCGGGCUUAUCUGUUUCCUGACUGGACUGUAGUGUCUUCCUUA